UCCCUCCAUGCUGCUGGUGUUUUAAGAUUUUCCUGCGUGUGCAACAGUAAAUAAUUCAUUGUCAGCGACGUUGCCUACAGGUCCUGGUGCGGAGAAAAGCUCGUCACUCCUGCAGUGUGCACUCUUGGCAGCAGCUCCUGGGAGAGAUCGCACAGAUCCAGGGAAGCUGCAGAGCACCCACACCCCACCGAGGAUAAACAGGACUACCCUUACUCCUCCUCCUCCCUCCCUUCCUCUCUCUCUUUCUAUCUCAACUCUGCACUCAGCAUUAUCAGAACUGCUGGAGCUGUAGGCAGGCUGACCAUCGCCUCUCAACAAACCACUGAGGAGAAACUUCCAAGAAAGCUUGUCAUUCACACGGCUUCCCUUCCCUCCUGCCCAAGGAUGCCGGAUCUCAGACGGAGAUGGACGAGGCUGAUCUGCUUGUCACUUCUGUGUCUGUGUCUGAGUCUGCCGGGGGAGUCAAAUGCCAGGAGAGCCCCCAAGAUACCCCGCUGUCCUGCGACCUGCUCCUGCACCAAAGACAGUGCCUUCUGUGUGGACACCAAGGCAAUCCCCAAGAGCUUCCCCCCUGGAAUCAUCUCUCUGACGAUGGUGAACGCGGCCUUCACUACGAUCCCAGAGGGAGCUUUCUCGCACCUUCACCUCCUGCAGUUCCUCCUCUUGAACUCCAACACAUUCACCAUGAUUGCUGAUGAUGCCUUUGCCGGUCUGUCUCACCUGCAGUACCUGUUCAUUGAGAAUAAUGAUAUCCAGGCUCUGUCGAAGUACACCUUCAGAGGACUCAAAUCCCUGACUCAUCUAGACCUGCGGGGAAACUCUUUCCGUUGCGACUGUAAAAUCAAGUGGCUGGUCGACUGGAUGGAGAAGACCAACACUUCUGUUCCCGCCAUCUACUGCGCCAGCCCCUUCGAAUUCCAGGGACGCAGAAUCCACGAUCUGGCGCCACGAGACUUCAACUGCAUCAGCGCAGACUUUGCUGUUUACGAGACCUUCCCUUUCCACUCUGUGUCUGUGGAGUCCUACGAGUUCAACGGGGAUCAGUUUGUGACCUUUGCUCAGCCUGAUUCGGGGUUCUGCACCCUGUACAUCUGGGACCACGUGGAGAUGGUCUUCAGGAUGUUUCAUAACAUUACCUCUCGCUCUGCCGUGUACUGCAAACCAGUGGUCAUAAGCAACAGUCUGUACAUGGUUGUGGCUCAACUUUUCGGCGGAUCUCACAUCUACAAGUGGGAAGAGGACCCGCAGCGCUUUGUCAAGAUCCAAGACAUCGACACCACCCGUGUGAGGAAGCCCAACUUCGUGGAUACCUUCCAGUUGGAUGAGGAGUGGUACUUCGUGGUGGCAGACAGCUCCAAGGCCGGCUCCACCAGCAUUUACCGCUGGAACAGCAACGGUUUCUACUCCCAUCAGUCCCUCCAUCCCUGGCAUCGGGACACCCACGUGGAGUUCCUCGAUGUCGCGGGAAAGCCUCACCUCAUCCUCUCCAGCGCCUCCCAACCACCGGUGGUUUACCAGUGGAACCGAAGCCAGCGGCAGUUCGUCUUCUUCUCCCAGAUCACCGAGCUGGCAGACGUGCAGAUGGUCAAGCACUUCUGGGUGAGGAAGGUCCUCUACCUUUGCCUCACGCGCUUCAUCGGCGACUCCAAGAUCCUCCGCUGGGAAGGCCAGCGCUUCAUAGAGAUCCAGACUCUUCCCUCCCGGGGCUCGAUGGCGGUGUAUCCCUUCACGGUGGGCCUCCGCCAGUACCUCAUUCUCGGUAGCGAUUUCUCUUUCUCCAGAGUGUACCUGUGGGACGACCUCACCCAGCGCUUUCAGCCCUUCCAGGAGCUCAACAUGAGGGCCCCGCGGGCGUUCAGCUUGGUUUCUGUCGACAACAAGGACAUCCUGCUGGCAGCCAGCUUCAAGGGCAACACGCUGGCCUACCAGCACCUGGUGGUGGAUCUCAGCGCCAAGUAGACGCGCCAAAGUCCGGGCGAAAGGUUUUCUGAGCAUUUAUCAACGUGUGCCAAACAAAAGAAAGACUGCAAAAAUGUUUAAGCCAUGUAACUAAAGGUCUGCUGUUCCACCUGAUGUUUAAAGGGAGGCAACUAAUUAAAUGAUUAAUCUAUUUUUAUGCUCUUAACAUGUGAAUGAAAUGUGAUAAUGCCGAUCUUAGUGUCAUGUGAGUGCUUCAGCCACAUAUCUUAAGCCAGUUCUUUUUUUUAUUUAUUUAGGUAUUAUAUCGAAUACUUUACUAAUGUGAAAAUGCAUGUGCAUCUACUGAAUUAUUCUCUGGAUGAGAGUGGAUGUUGUAAAGCUACGGAGGACACGCACAGUGGGGUUUAUCUGUGUAGCAUCUUGCAUGAUACGGCACAAAUGAUAUGUAAAAACAAGCAAUACUUAACCACACGCAAUACUUUAAAAUCCUUCAUCUUUAUAUAUGAGGUAUGUUUUGGAUUUAAUGUUCGUUCUGCAAUAAUAACACGGGAUCAUGAGGCAUGAGUAAAACUAAAGCGAGGGGCUUUAAAAUGGACUGAAAAUGUGAACUUUUUUUCUUUAUAAUUUAAGUUUUUAAAAGACAUAUUUGUCUUGUGAGGCGUUAUAGAAGAUUCUGGGAUCAAAGAAUGUGUAUUAAAGUUAUUAAAAGCUCUAAUCCUGUCCUUUGUUUUUAAAUGUACAGUCACAAACUGAGUUUAAGUGUCGCUGUGGAAGCGGAGGGGAACGGAGU